AUGUGGCGGCUGUUGGCUGAAGAAUGGGUAACAAAUGAUAAGUCCAAGCGUUUCCCGCCAGGUGAUGUCUUCCAGUUGGAAGCUUACUCAACACUAAGGCUCGGCGAAGUAAACGAUCAUCCAAUACAAGAUCGCGCCAGCGCCGUUGGAGCCGCGAACUCAGUUCAAUGUCAAAGUAGUUGA